UUAAGAUAGUUAAAGUAUGCAUUAUUCUAUGAUUGUAUAUAGUAAAAUAUUACCUUUUUAAAUCUUGAUUUAUUUUUCAAUUGUAAAUGAAUCUAAAUCUCUAUACUAUGAGCAAAUGACUUAUAAUAUUAUGUCUAUAGGUUGUACAGACAUUGAGCCAUAUAGAUCCUAUAGUCCAGGGAUUCUCAAACUCUUAUAAAUACUGUACCCUUUUUUAUCAAUACAUUUUUUUGAGUACCCCAUUCUUAGUUACUAAACUAAAAUAUACAUAAAAAAAUUUAAAGACUUAAAGAAUUUUUUCCUUGUUGGCUUGUUGGCCAGACCCUUAAAACAUUUUAAGUACCCCCAAGGGGUACGCAUACUACAGUUUGAGAAUCCCUGUUAUAGCCUAUAAAGUAAACACAGUAUAUUAUAUUGGUAUACUUCUCGCCACGAGAGAAGUAACCCGUGUCCUGACCUAAUGGCCUUCAAAUUCAUGCAUUCUCCACCUUUUUGACAUAUUGAAGUCGCACGAUUACAAUCGUUUAUAGUUUGCAUGCCAUAACGCGACACUAAAUGGUACAAAGUGGGGAAAACGGGGCUUCUUAACAGUUGCUGCCAUCAGUCUGCAUGAGCAAAACGGGUUACUUUUCUCGUGGCAUAGAGUAUAUCCCUUAUUAUGCAUACGGUAUACUCAAUGAAAAUGUGGAAAUAAUAAACUAACAAAAUAUAAAACAGAAUACAAGUUUUCAAGAUUGUCAUUAGCCAUCAUCACUAACACUUGUUAACUAAUUAUUAUUUUGUUGCUUACAGGCAAAACAAAUGUUGAAUCUUUUUCUUAGGGUAGAGGCAUUUUUAACUUAAAAUAUAUAGGCUGUAUAGAAUAUUAUAUUGUGUAUACAAUAUUAUAAUAUUAUGCAAAUGUAUAAAUAGGUACCUUGACAACAAAACUCUUAAUAGUUUUAUCUGUAGGUAUUGUAAAUUAUAUUACUUUCAUUUACAUAACAUUGUCUUAUUUUUUUAAAUUUUAGAUUCAAUUUAAUACAAAUAGCAGGAAAACAUUUUUAAAUAUGUUGAAUAUUUUAGGAAAAAUAGAACAUAAAGCUAAAACCAAUAGAAAAACUACAAAUAUGAAAAGUAGAAACUCAAUGCUUAAAUCUGUAUCCAGUGAAUUAUUGUCAUAUAUGAUAAGUAAAGAAAACGGUGGCAUUAGUUUGUACACACAUAUUCAAACUUUACUAGAUCUGUUUAUAUUUCAAAAUCCUAAACAGCCAAUAACAUAUUUUGAAUACUAUAGUGAAAAUAUUAAGAUACUAUAUCAGAAAUCGCAACCAGAUCCUGAUUUGAAUUUUUUGAAUAACAUCGAUAUUGACAUCUAUAACAAAACAAUAGAAAUAUAUAAGGAUACCAUAUAUAAUGUCAAAGAAUAUAAGGCAAGUAGUAUAUCCUAUGGGUAUGAAGUCGAAGGUGAAUAUGAUGAUGUGCAAUACAAUGAAGAAAUAGAUGAAAUUAAUGUACAAGACUUAUCAAAAAGCAAUAACAUGUUCAAUAAAGCAGGGUGUGGCAUAACAAAUGAUGAAUCUCAUCUUAUUGGAAUAACCAUAGACCAAAUGUCACAACUAGGAAAAUUUAAAAGUAUAAGAUAUUGGGGUAAAAUAAUAGGCUUAAAACAUAACUAUUACAUUUUGGAGUGUGAUUGGAAAAAUAAAGAAUUGGAAUAUAAACUAAGGCUUUUAAAUGUAAUAUUAAAUGAUAGCAAAAAAAAUGUACCCCAUGAUUAUGAAAAUGAAAACGAAAAUGAAGAUGUAGAAUUAGAAAAAUAUAUUUUAUCUGAAGAAGAAAAUGGAUAUCUUUCUAGAACUGCAUCUGUACCAAUUAGCAAAGAUAUUAACGACGAGUCAGAUGUUUUCGAUUCUCUGAGAUCAGAAGAAUGUUCCUUCCCGCCCACAGAACUCGAUAAUGAUGAUUAUUUAUCCCAUGAAAUAUUUGGUUUCGGAGCUAAUAAAAAGUCGUACUUUGUAACGAACCAAUUGAACGAUUCGUGGAUUGAAUUGCCUUUGCUCAAGCCUCAUCAUAUUAUUCAAUCACGAAAUAUCAAACGAUACUUUACAGGAGAUUUGGAAUCGCCUGUUGAAUCCUAUCCAUUAUUUCAAGGUUUGGAAAAACAUUAUCUCAGAGCUCAAAUUGCAAGGAUAACAGCUGCGACUCAAAUAUCACCACGUGAUUAUUUUGUACUCGACUACAAUUCAAAUGCAUAUAAAUGGAGGAAAUUAAACUCUUUUCAAUCGAAAGUGAUGUCACAGAAAUUUAUCCAUGAGUAUGUGGUGAACGCGGAUUACAAUCUUCUGUCGGUAUACGAUUUAUUGGAACCCAGCAACUGGGUGCAUCACACUCCCUUGAUAUCAGAAAAAGGAGUGACCAAGGCGUGGACCAAUAUAAUAGAGUCCAGAGAAGACUCGCAACAAAACUCGGAGAACAUUGAAUAUGGUUGUAAGAUUAGGAUUAACUUAGAAAUCGGCAGAGGAGACGGUGACCAUCUGGACAUAUUUGGAAAUUUGUCAAACGACGCUUAUGUGGGUGAAAUGCCACCAUGGAAAUUCGAAUUGACCAAUCGGUUUGACCACACGAAUACUUACGCGACCAUCCGGUCCAAUCUUUGGCCAGGAGCACACGCAGUUGCGCGUGACAACCUUUUGGAUUACACGUAUCAUGGUUGGGGCCACAAAUGGGACGCCUUUAGUUUCACGGUCCAGCCGUUGAGUGGAUAUCAGCUGUCCAAUCCCUAUCAAGACCAUAUCGGCAUGACCACCGAGAUCGCAGAUCCUACUCGCGCGGAAGAAUUGAUUUAUUUCUCAAUAGUCAACAAGAGGAAGGAAAAUCGGGCUCGUAGGAAAAUCAACGCCUUGCGACCGUUUUCUGCGGCAGACGAAGACGAAGAAAGAAUCCUUAAUCAACACGACUAUGAAUUAUGAUUGAUAGUAACGAGUGCCGUUGAUCGUAUCACUAUUGUUAUAUUGUAUAAAUUAUUGUUAAUAUAGGGAUUAUCCGCGUUCAACAUUACACAAUACUGUAAGUACAUACUUACUAUAGUAAGUAGUUUACCCACCUGUAGUAUAUAUAAUUGUGCUCUUGUAUACAUAUUUUUUUUGUUUAAUCAUUAUAAUCCUAUAUGGCUAUAUAGUAUUGGAGUAUUAGAAUUACAUUUAUUUGAUUUAUUAAGUAGAAUAUUUUAUUAUGAAUUUAAGGUUAGCUAUAUAGGUUAGGUCAGGUACAACUGUACAAGUCAAAAUUGAUUAAUAAAAUCCCUUCUUUUCUAAAAAAAAAAA